UGGAUAUUUUGUUCUGUAUGGCUGACCAGUCCCAUAUAUAUGUUUGAUACGUAAUGCAACAGUAUAGUAGAAUGACGAAGACUGGGGAUUUGUAUACUGAAGAAAAGUAGUAGUCAGAAUCCGUUUCUAGUAGCAGUAGCUGAGUUUGAUCAUGCUCUGGAAUUAUGAUGUUCAGAGCUCUGUUAUGCAGCUGAUAUUAUCCAAGUGUUACAAAACUUAAAAUCAUGCUUCAUGACAGUGAUAUUUUGGAACUCCAGUGAUAUGAGGCCAUGAAGUUAGUGCGGCAGGUGGGUUGGGGCCGUGCACUCUUAGUGUUAUUAGUGAUAUGGUUGUUAGUGUUGGUGUUGUUUGCUGCAUCACCUGUAUUUCGGGUUCCAUCAUCACCUGAACCAGAUUCCCGCACAAUUCAGCGCUUAGCACGUGCAUUUCAUGACCUGGAAGUCCUGAAGAGGCAAAACGCUGAACUCAGAAGCCUCUUCACAGAUAUUAGUGUUGGAGAUCCGUCUCUGAAGCAAGAGCAGCGAGAUGUGUUAUUUCAGGACUUGCAGAAAAGGCUGCAGAAAGCAGAACAAUUGUUGGAACAUUCUCAUGACACUGAAAAAUUUGGUGGAAUUGAGCCCCGAGAGGAACCAAGCAUACAAUAUGAGCAGAUGAGACGUAAGAUUUCAAAUGGAGUCCAGGAGAUGUGGUACUUUGUCAGUGGAGAACUGAAAAAAAUACAAAAGCAAGCUUUGGCACUGUCUCCACAACUUGCUACUAGAAUCACUCGAGUGCUUGAGGAAGGCGUUGUCCAUAAGAGGUCAUUGAUUACGGACAUAGACACGCUGUCAGAAGUAGACGGGUACGGUGCUUGGCGAGAGAAAGAAGCGAAUGAUCUGAGCGACUUGGUGCAGCGACGAUUCGAUUACCUACAGAAUCCUGAAGACUGUGGAUCAGCAAGGAAACUAGUCUGCAAUCUGAACAAGGGCUGUGGAUAUGGUUGCCAACUUCACCAUUUGGUGUAUUGCUUUACUGUAGCAUAUGGCACAGAACGAACCCUGAUACUUAAGUCUCGAGGUUGGCGUUACAGAAAGGCGGGCUGGGAAGAGGUGUUUCUGCCAGUUAGUCGAACCUGCACUGAUCCAUCAGGAAGAACACACAGCCACUGGCCAGGAAGACCAGAUACUCAAGUUGUAGAACUACCGAUUGUGGACUCUUUGUCGCCGCGACCUCCUUAUCUGCCCUUGGCUGUACCAAAAGAUCUGACUCCUAGGUUGGCUCGAUUACACGGUGAUCCAAUAGUUUGGUGGAUUGGUCAGUUCCUUAAGUUCAUUCUUCGGCCACAGGAGGCCACAAGUAACAUGAUACAAGAGGCUUCGGUCAAACUUGGCUUCAGGAGGCCUAUAGUCGGUGUCCAUAUCAGGAGAACCGACAAGGUUGGAACAGAAGCGGCGUUCCACCCCUUGGAAGAGUACAUGUCCGCCGUGGAUGAAUACUACUGUCUUCUAGAAAUGAAGCAGAAGGUGGAUAGACGGAGAGUGUAUCUUGCUUCAGACGAUCCGAAGGUCAUUUCCGAAGCACAGAAGAAGUAUCCCGAAUAUGAUAUCUUGGGUGACCCAAAUGUGGCAAAGACUGCGGCAGUGUCGACACGAUACUCGGACACAUCGCUGAAUGGCAUCAUACUCGAUAUUCAUUUCCUGUCAUUAUCUGAUUACCUAGUCUGCACUUUCUCAUCACAGGUGUGUCGAGUAGCGUAUGAGAUAAUGCAAACCCUGUAUCCGGACGCGGCCAAACGGUUCCGCUCGCUGGAUGACAUAUAUUACUAUGGUGGUCAGUCCUCACACAUACAGGUUGCCGUUCUCCCGCAUCAUGCCCGUGACAUGAACGAGAUGACUCUUGAACGGGGUGAUUUGGUGGGCGUCGCUGGUAAUCAUUGGGAUGGUUACAGCAAAGGCAAGAAUCUUCGCACCAAUCAGAUAGGUCUUUAUCCAUCCUUCAAAGCACAGGAUCGCGUUGAAGCUGAAGAUUUUCCGACUUUCCCUCAGGUACCACUUCUUAGGGCAUCAAACCCAGAAUCGUGAGAAGAGUAGUGUUUAUGGUCCAGCGUAGGAUUUGAUGUUUUCAAAGCGGUGAGUAUGAAGUUCGCUGUCUUCAGCGUAAGACUUUGAAGCAUGUUUGGAGUUCCUUCGUACCUUUAAAGUAAGCAUAAAAUAAGUCUUACGGCUUAACUGCGUAGAACCACCAGAGUCGUGGAAAUUUUUAAGGAAUGUUUUAUAUUAAAGAAAGUAAUUUUUUGUAAUUUUUUUUAGCGUUGCUGCUGAAUUACUGUUUGGCAUAAAAACUAAGAUUUUGGAGGAAAGUACAGUCUGUGCAAGUUUUGAGGAAAUCUGAACAGUUUAGGUAGGACAUUUAAACUUUUUUGUGUUUAUUUGUCGUGGAACAACAUGGUAUUUUGUUCUAUUAAUUCAAAUUGUACUUAACAGUACUUCAAAAAAAUUGGUUGAUUAUAGGAGUGCAGCUAAUGAUAGGAAGGUAAACGUUACUGGGCUGAAUUCUGAAUAUUUUGUAUCAUGUAAAUCUUACAGUGUAAACGUCUUGUGAUGCGACCUUAAUUAGAGCGUGACGUCUUUUAAUUUUAUGGCCACUGGGAAGAAAGUGUAGGCAUGUUUCAAUUUCUAACAGCAAUAAUACAUCCUUCCUUCACACCAGACGUGACAGAUCUUCCCGUCUGUUAAUAACCAAAAGGGAGGACGGCGGAGUCUUGGACCGCGUUGAUAAUGAAUCUUCGAGCUGAAGCUGAUUGUUCUUGAGAGAAUCUCUGAUUUUUACCUACAUGUUAAGUUUUAAUAGAAUGAGAUAUGAUUUUUCUUGAGGAUCACAGUGUUUAUGAUACAUUUCAUAUGAAUAUAUAAUUGGUAUAUGGAACCAAUGCUAGUUACUUGAAGUUUAAUUAAAAAUAGCAAAUGUGUGUGUGUGUGGUGAUCAUAACAUUAGAGUAACAAUCCUGAAUAUAUUGUUUAUUGUCUUCCAGUAGUACUAACCAAGAUAUUUUAAAAUGUGUAUAAAUCUUUGUUUACUUUUAAUAUUUUGACCCAGUAGCCGCGAGCUUCGUAUUCACGAUCACAGAACUUAGUGACGUCGUUAUUGAUCAUCAUAAAGAUGAACACAGAGGAUAAUGAUAUAAUUUAAUAAACUGAGUGAUAUGACGACAGGUUCUGUCGAUGCUGGUUUAUUUGAUAAUGUGAUUUUAUUGCGAUUUUGCUUGUAAUGUUUUGUUUUAUGCUGUUAAAUACUCGCUCUAUAAGCGCCGAUUUUUGCAUACCAGAUAUUUUCGUAACCUUGCAGAAAUAUGUAAAAUAUGUUAACAGGCAAUUAUUUUAUUUUCUGCCUUUCAUAAUUUCUCUUCAUUUGUAACGCGCUUCGAUGCCAUUUUUAAAUGUGUUUAUUUUACUGGGGGUCACUGUGCAGCAACGUAUUCCUAAUUUACUUAUUCCCUUCUUAACAUGUUAGUGCGUCUUUUCCCCUUCACACUUCUUCACGACUUUCACAAGAAACAAUGAGAUCAAAUAAGGAAAAUUCUUAUGUAUCAAAUAUACCUCAGACAUUGGGCAAUGUUGAAUAUGUGUUGUACUGAUACUCUAGUCAGUUCUGAGGUGAUAUUUUCGAUAUAUACUGCUCUAUUUUAUCUUUAAAACAAUAUUUUUCUCACUUCUGUUAUACUACAAAUAAUUCACAUUCAUCAAGAAAAAAUGUGAAAGAAGUCGUAACAUGAAGAUGAAAGUAUUGCGUCUGAUGAAGUUUUAUAAGUAAUCGCAGAAUCUUGCUAGACCCGUAGUAGAAAUGUUGGACAGUGUGGUAAACUUGACUACAUGACAACAUUCUUCUGCAAAACUGUAAAUGAAUUAACUACUUAACCACAUUACUACAAUUUUUUAUCGGUAUUUGUAUGGUGCUAGUGAAUUUGGGUAGGAGGCUAAUGCAGAACAUUGGCAUUGUUUAUAAUGAAGUGGAGCUUAAAGUUUAAAAAAAUUGACAGUGGAACCACGGUUCCCCAGUUAACAUUGAAUAACGUUUAACUGUACAAGUAUAUUGGUACCGAAAUAAAAUUUUAUUCAUGCAUUAA